CCAAGCAGCAGCAGCAGCAGCAGCAACAGCAGCAGCAGCUCUGAGUUCUGGGGCCUCCAGGGUGGUUGAAAAUCUCUGCCACCUAAGGAAGACCUGGCUCUCCCCUCCCAAGGGGGGUCUACAUGUCUGCAGCUUGGGAUCACACAGAUGUAGGCAGCCCUCUCAACAGGUUGAUGUAAAAAAAAACUCUUUGCCAGGGGCCUCAAGGGGCCUUGAAAUCUAAGGAUGAAAGCCGACAAACUGGAAUACAAACUCUCCCCUGGGCCGAUGUCUUUGUUUUAAAAGGACUGUUAUUGCUGCUUAUUUUUUUUCAUUUUUCCCGGAACAAAUUUUGCCAAAUUUGCUUGCAAUCUUCCUUUAAAACUGCUGCACCGGCUACAAAACAGAUGGCAAGACAGCUUCGUCCCCUGUCAGGUGUGUCUGAGAGGUGUUUGUGUGAGCGAGCGCUCAGAGCAUUGGAUGUUUAUGAGAGCUUAUAAUUGAACAGCAAAGUCUCAGUGUGUCUGUUGGGAGCAGUUGUUGGAAUUGGGUUGUGUGUGUGUGUGUGUGUGUGUGUAUGAAACAAAUCAGAAGGGACUGAAGUUUGUGUGUGUGUGUGUGUGUGUGUGUGUGUGUGUGUGCGUGUGUGUGGUGGUGUGGCCCACUGGAGUUCGUAGCCCUGGAUUUCCUGGAGAUGGAGGGUCAUGGAUAUGACCGCUUUGGAGACGGGGAGAGGGACACUUACCAAAUUGACUACCGGAGGAUCGUGGGGGACAUGGAGCCGGCAAGGCCCCGCGUCCCCAACAGAGAAGGCGAGCAGCCUCAUCCGUACGGGGCAUACGUCCACCCGACGCCACACGGACACGGCCAUGAGACUGCCGCCCAGCGGUACAGCGCUACGCGGAUCCAAGCGGGAUACGAACCAGAGAGUAUGGCAGACUACUUGAUCAGUGGAGGCACAGGUUACGUUCCUGAGGAUGGAUUAACAGCACAGCAGCUCUUUUCUAUCGGCGACGGGCUCACAUACAAUGACUUCCUGAUCCUCCCUGGUUUCAUAGAUUUUAUGUCUGAUGAGGUGGAUCUGACCUCUGCACUGACAAAGAAGAUAACCCUGAAGACGCUGAUUUCAUCUCCCAUGGAUACAGUCACAGAGUCUUCCAUGGCCAUCGCUAUGGCGCUGAUGGGCGGGAUUGGGAUAAUUCAUCAUAACUGUACCGCUGAGUUUCAGGCCAAUGAGGUGCGCAAAGUAAAGAAAUUUGAGCAGGGCUUCAUCACAGACCCAGUGGUCAUGAGUCCCCGACACACAGUGGGCGAUGUGUUCGAGGCAAAGAUACACCAUGGAUUUUCUGGGAUCCCUGUUACAGAGACGGGCAAGAUGGGUAGCAAGCUGGUCGGCAUAGUGACCUCCAGAGACAUUGACUUCCUGUCUGAGAAGGACCAUGACAGACCCCUGGAGGAGGCCAUGACAAAAAGGGAGGAUUUAGUUGUUGCGCCUGCUGGGGUCACACUAAAAGAAGCUAAUGAUAUACUGCAACGCAGCAAAAAAGGUAAGCUCCCCAUAGUGAAUGACAGCGAUGAGCUGGUUGCCAUCAUCGCUCGGACCGACUUGAAGAAGAACAGAGAUUAUCCUCUGGCAUCGAAGGACUCCCGCAAACAGCUGCUGUGCGGAGCUGCCAUCGGUACAAGGGACGACGACAAAUACAGACUGGACCUGCUCAUGCAAGCCGGUGUGGACGUGGUCGUGCUGGAUUCCUCCCAAGGAAACUCAGUGUAUCAAAUCAACAUGAUAAACUACAUCAAACAGAAACAUCCUGAACUGCAGGUGGUCGGAGGAAAUGUGGUGACUGCUGCUCAAGCUAAAAACCUCAUAGAUGCCGGUGUGGAUGCACUGAGGGUGGGCAUGGGGUGUGGCUCUAUCUGUAUCACCCAGGAAGUGAUGGCGUGCGGACGGCCCCAGGGUACUUCAGUGUACAAGGUUGCAGAGUAUGCCCGGCGUUUUGGUGUGCCAGUGAUUGCUGAUGGAGGUAUUCAGACUGUUGGACACGUGGUGAAAGCUCUGGCCCUGGGAGCAUCUACAGUGAUGAUGGGGUCGUUGCUUGCGGCAACCACUGAAGCUCCUGGAGAAUAUUUCUUCUCAGAUGGAGUGCGUUUGAAAAAGUACAGAGGGAUGGGCUCGCUGGAUGCCAUGGAGAAAAAUAAUAGCCAGAAACGUUACUUCAGUGAGGGAGAUAAGGUGAAGGUGGCUCAAGGUGUCUCAGGAUCAGUACAAGAUAAAGGCUCUAUCCAUAAAUUUGUUCCUUAUCUCAUUGCUGGUAUCCAACAUGGCUGUCAGGAUAUAGGAGCCAAGAGUUUGUCCAUUUUAAGGUCAAUGAUGUACUCUGGAGAGCUGAAGUUUGAGAAGAGAACCAUGUCUGCUCAGAUGGAGGGAGGAGUCCACGGCCUCCACUCUUACGAGAAACGGCUUUACUGAGUCUGGAGGAAGAGGAAACACUCGAGCGGGACCUAACGUCCCGACCCCGGCAGCUCUGAGCAGAUGCAGCGGACGCAUGUGAUCAAACUACAAGAACGACGCUCUCAUUGUACUAAAUCCACACUCAAUAAUCUACUUUUUUGUGCCCCCCCCCACCCUUUUUUCAUGGUUUUUCUUACCACUAACCACUUCAAAAAGAGCUAAACAACACACUUUACCUUGAGUCUUAUCUUGAUAGAGGAGCCUCUUGGAUUAAUAGACGUGACUGCACAUGAACUCUUUAUCUUUCUGUCUCCCACUGUGUGAUCUGUUGAUCUCUUCC